AUGGAUGCUGGGAUGGACCUGCUCCACAGCUCAGGGGUAGAACUGGUGCAGUAUCUACAGCUGAAUUACAAGGACUCCCAGAGCUGGUUCACUUUUAUCUCUUUUGCUGCCGACCUGAGAAACACUUUCUUUGUUUUCUUUCCCAUCUGGUUCCACCUGUGUGAAGCAGUGGGUGUCAAACUCAUCUGGGUGGCAGUCAUUGGAGACUGGCUCAACCUCAUCUUUAAGUGGAUAUUAUUUGGCCAGAGACCUUACUGGUGGAUUCAUGAAACUUCCUACUACGGCAACUCAUCUGUUCCAGUAUUAGAGCAAUACCCCAUCACCUGUGAAACCGGGCCAGGAAGCCCCUCGGGUCACGCCAUGGGGUCAGCUGGGGUUUGGUAUGUGAUGGUGACAGCAUUUCUGACCAGCACACUUCAGAAUAAACAGCACUACAUCCAAAACUGGUGUCUGCGUGCUUUACUAUGGGGAGUCUUCUGGAUAAUUCAGAUCUGUGUCUGUGCAUCCAGAGUGUUUGUAGCUGCUCACUUCCCGCAUCAAGUCUUCCUGGGGGUCAUUUCAGGAUUGGUUGUAGCUGAAGCGUUUGGUCGGAUUAAUGCAAUAUACAAUACAACCUUCAAGCAGUAUCUGAAGAUCACCCUCUCCCUGUUUUCCUUCGCUCUGGGCUUUUAUCUGCUGUUGAAAUUGGUGGGAGUGGAUCUGCUGUGGUCCGUGGAGAAAGCCCAGAGAUGGUGCGCCCGAGCAGAAUGGGUCCACAUUGACAGCACUCCCUUCGCUGGUCUGGUCAGGAACAUGGGAGCCCUGUUUGGAUUGGGAUUAGCUCUCAACUCCCCUAUUUAUGUGGAAAGCCGCAAAGGAAAGAGAGGCCAGCAGUUCAGCUUCAGACUAAGUUGCAUUGUGGCGUCCUUGAUCAUCCUGCACCUGUUUGACUCUAUGAAGCCCCCGACACAGAGAGAAUUCCUCUUUUACUUACUGUCUUUCUGUAAAAGUGCUGCAGUGCCUCUGGCGGCUGUGGCAAUCAUUCCAUACUCUGCAUCACAUAUCAUGAACCAACAAGAGAAGAAAGUGCUAUAG